CGUCAUCAAUCCCGCCCCGCAAGAGCUUCAGUCCUCAACGACACGUUCUCUGUGUGUCCAGCCUGAUGGCCGUUUCAUGAACUGCUCGGUAAUCCGCCUCACCGCUUUAUGCUCCUAGCUGCCCAGCAACCAUGACUGGAGGCACAGGGCAGAAGUUUGAGGCGGCAGCGACCGUGAUCGCGGGAGUCGCGUCUAUCGCCGCGACCCUGCUCUCCAUGGUGGCGAUAUGGUUACAGACCAAGAACUAUCGGAAGCCACUGCUGCAGCGAUACGUCGUCCGCAUACUUCUCAUGGUCCCCAUAUACUCGGUCGCUUCCUGGACCAGCAUGGUCUCCCGCACAGCUGCGGAUAUUCUCGACCCUAUACGGGACAUUUACGAGGCCUUCACAAUCUACACCUUCUUCCAGUUGUUGAUCAACUACCUCAGCGGUGAACGGGCACUCAUCAUCAUGACACACGGUCGAGAACCGGUCCAUCACCUCUGGCCGCUUAACCAUGUUCUUCCCCGGGUCGACAUAUCGGAUCCUCACACUUUCCUCGCCGUGAAACGGGGUAUCUUGCAGUAUGCGUGGCUAAAACCAAUCCUGGCUGUUGCAGCGAUAGUCAUGAAGGCAACUGGGACAUACCAGGAGGGCUAUAUUGGGCUGAAGUCGGGUUACUUCUGGAGCGGAAUCGUCUACAACCUCAGCGUCACCGUCAGCCUCUACUCGUUGGGGCUAUUUUGGGUCUGCAUGCACAAUGAUCUGAAGCCCUUCCGGCCGGUGCCCAAGUUCCUAUGCGUCAAACUUAUCAUCUUUGCUUCCUACUGGCAGGGUUUCUUCCUGUCAAUCCUCGUCUGGCUGGGCGCUAUACCGGAUCAAGUAGAGGGCUAUACCCCCGACAAUCUCGCCGCAGCCAUCCAGGACUUUCUGAUUUGCAUCGAGAUGCCGGCAUUCGCUAUUGCUCAUUGGUAUGCCUUCUCGUGGCAUGAUUUCGCCGACAACAGGAUUGCUUCGGCAAGGAUGCCGGUAUGGUACGCGGCCAGGGACGCCUUCGGAAUCCGUGACCUCAUCCAGGACUCCAAGGAAACCUUCUCGGGCGACAAAUACGGGUACCGCAUCUUUGAUUCCGGAGACAAGAUCAUGGCUCAUGAAGCCUCUCGGUCACGGCUGGCUCGGAUAAAAGAAGGGAUGCGGUAUGAACGGGGAGGCAAGGGGAAGUAUUGGAUCCCGCGGCCAGACGAGAUCAAUCAAACAACACCACUCUUGGGCGCAAACGGCGGGCCGAGUAGGAGAAACGGCUCUCUAUCUCCACACACCAAUAGCCUCGACGAGCUCGUGCUCGACCCAGACGAGGAGCUUCUGUAUGAGAGAGCAAGAAAGCUCGAGUACGGGGAUUGGAAUUAUCCUGUCAUCACGGCAAGUGAACCGGCAAGUGCGCGUUAUAUGUCGCCUCAUCCCAGUCUUUAUCAGCACACGCCCACUGGCAGCUUCUACCAGCGCUCGUCGUCCAGUUCGGUGCCGACCCUCAACCCCGAUGCUCCUCUUGAAAGACGGAAAAAGGAGGCACCCGCAGGUCCCCAGGCAGGAGUCGGGGAUAAGAAGGGCAAGAAGAAAGCACUUGCAGAUGCUCAAAGUCCUAGCUCGACCCAUGAAUCGGGCAAGGAUCCGCUUGAAAUUGCCUAUGGCCCCACAAUCGGCACACAUCCGGACCUGACGAAGGACGAUUUCAAGGUCGACACAGACAGCGGACAGCACAAACCUCAACAAGACAAUACUACUUACGGCCGGCGAGGCGGACCGGUGCAAGAGCAUGAUGGCAAAACAGGGGAGGAAUCUGGCGAAGAAAGCGAUGUGGUGGGACAGAGCACAGAUGUGCAUUAUGGUCUUGAUGGCGAGGAGGCUGAGGAAUUCCAAAACGUGUGGGGAAGAUGAACCAUCCCGACAGUUGCCGGCUUCGCUGGCUGCAGGCCUGAGCGUUGGGUGAUGGCGCACCGUCUCUGAUACCCGCCUGAGACCCGGACGUGCUAUGGUUAUGUGUGCACAUCGGCUAGUGAAGCAUUGCGUUGGUGUUUGACAGAGGAAUCGCGGUUUUGACGGCAUAGAUUUGUAUAAAUGGACAUCUGGAGUCCAUUUCUUUCCGGGUGGCAACUCGGCACAAUGAGAGGAUCGCUAUUUUCAUUGCAGCGGCAAAUCUCCUCAAGGUCUCAAUCCCGAGUGUGUGUUGAUCUCAGCUUUCCAUCGUACUAUAAAGCAUGACUCGAGCAUGACUCGAUCGAGUCGAUUGCGUGUGUGCGUCACGCCGAGUGGACU